AUGGAGAAGCAUACUUGCAAGCUCUGCUUCCGGCGCUUCUCCAACGGGAGAGCCCUCGGAGGCCACAUGCGGUCUCACAUCACCGCCGCCGCGCCCACGGGGGCACCCAAGAUCCAGGUUCAGCAUCCACCCUCUCCCUCUUUCUCUGCAUCGGCCUCCGAGGAAGUAGCGGAAGUUACAGACCGAGCGGGCCCCGUGUUAAUGGUUGAGGGCGUGCUGGUGGCGGGUUCCGACGACGGGAAGCAGUUUGUCUACUACGGAUUACGAGAGAACCCGAGGAAAAGCUUCCGGCUCGUGGAUCCGGAGUUCUCGUCCACUUUUCCGGCCGUAGACUAUGUCGCCCCCGGCGGGUCCUCCAUUGUCCUCCAGGACCGGGAGAGCGAGACCGAGUCGUCGAAGCCUCCGUCUCUCCGCCGCCGAUCUAAGCGACGCCGCCGCUCGUCCCACCCGCCGUCGGCGACCCAGCCGGAGCCUUCUUUCGACCCGGAGCCUGUCAGCUCCGUCUCCAACUCGACGCCGGAAGAGGACGUGGCCCGGUGUCUGAUGAUGCUCUCCCGCGAUGUCUGGACCAGCGGGUUCUCGCCGGAGAAGAAGCCCAAGUGCUCCAAUCGAGGUGGGGCCCCCCGGGAAGAAGCGGCUGCGGAGAACCGGCAAUCGGACGAUGACUCAGAAGAGGAACACACCACCAUGGCCAAAGCUCGACGAGGUGGGCGGAGCAGAUACCAGUGCGGAACGUGUAAGAAGGUCUUCCGCUCGUACCAAGCUCUCGGCGGUCACCGAGCGAGCCACAAGAACAUCAAAGCAUGCGUCGCGCCGGCCGCCGUCCGGGGACAAGAUGAAGAGGACGAGAAAGACGUCCAUCCCCACACAGAGAAUCAGAUCCAGGAAGCCGAUUCUGAGGUUAACUUCCCCCCAUCGACGGGCUCCACCGACCGGAGGAUCCACGAAUGCCCUGUUUGCUUCAGAGUCUUCGGGUCCGGCCAGGCCCUCGGUGGGCACAAGAGAUCACAUCUAGCCCAGUCUUCCAGCUCGAUGAAUCCCUCCCCAGUUAAAGUGGCGCCGACGGUUGCUGCCACUAAGAAAGCGACGGCUACCGCGGCUUCUGCUGUUUCUCCCGUCCACGGCUACGGCGGCCGGAUGCUCGUCGGCGAGAGCCUAAUAGAUCUUAAUCUACCGCCACCGGCGGACGAGGAAGGCGAGCUGUCUGCAGUUUUCGAUGCGGAGCAGUAG